AUGGCGGCUCUCUGCUCCGCUUGCAAGGGUAUUACCCCGCAAGCCUUGGCUCAGCCUGAUGGAUAUCGCCAUAUCGAUAGCGCACACGACCUCAUUCACUUGGCCAAGGUAUGCGACUUUUGCAGGCUCAUACGCCUGGCUAUGGACCAGGAUUGCAGGACUCCCAAGUCGGACGAACAACUUCGCACGAACACGAAGCCUGAACCUCUGUACUUGUUUGGUGUCGGCGAUGGUUUGGAUACGGCAGAGGACGCCCCUGGAGACGGUGUGCAGCCUCCAAUGUUGUUCGGGAUCAAUGUGCAUAUCCCAGACAUUGAGUACGAUUAUGAUCUAGUCAAGAUGAGUCUAUUCUCGGAUCAUAAUAGCGCACCUGCCCGCAACCAAGACGUCAUCGGGACGAGGCUAUUGACGGACUCCGGCUCAAGUGAGGCAUUCGGGCUGGUAGAGCGUUGGUACGACACUUGCAAAACCAAUCACAAGGAUUGCAACGAGGCAUUUACUGGGCCAGAGACUUCCUUGGCAAAGAGUGGCUCAAACAUUAUGCCACCACUGCCCACUAGGGUCCUUGACGUUGGCCCGGCUGAUGGAUCAGGGGAGCCGAAACUCCUGGUUACCAACGGAGUCCAUGCCUUCUAUGCCGCUCUAAGCCAUUGCUGGGGAAAGCAAAGAAUCCUGACCACUACAUCCCACAACCUAGCUCAGCAUUGUAACGUCAUCAAGUUCGCCAGUCUACCCAGGACCUUUCAAGAUGCCAUCAAGAUUGUACGGUUUCUCGGCUUACGUUACCUUUGGAUUGAUAGUCUAUGCAUCGUGCAGGAUGACGCUGAUGACUGGCGCAAGGAGUCAGUUCAGAUGGGGCGCAUUUAUAAAGAUGCCGAAAUAACUGUCGCCGCGUCCGGUGCCAGAGACGGCUCCGAGGGUUGCUUUGUUCCGCGUCCUCCAUUGCAACCAGUCGUCCGUCUUCCCUACGGAGACCCGGAUCAAGGAGAAUACAUGUCGGCAACUCUGUUUCCUGACGCGCUGGAUACCACGGUCAGCGAAACCCCGCUCGGGAGUCGGGCAUGGAUUACUCAAGAAUGGAUGCUAUCCCCUCGUGUUAUUCAUUUUACAAAAGCACGAAUGGUCUGGGCGUGUCGCACCUUGCUCAAAUGCGAGGAUGGUGAAAAUGAGACAUCGGGGGAUGAGCAGAGGCUCUUUGAAAGCGCCAGGCGAUAUCGGCAAGCUAAGGAAGCAAAACCAAAAAGCGACUCGUUAGUAGAUCACGAAGAGAUCUUAGGUUUCUAUGCAGACUGGUGCGAUCUUGUGUCCACCUACGCUGCAAGAAGCCUAACAUACGAGUCGGACAAGCCGGUCGCAAUCUUGGGCUUGGCUACAGAGGUUGGCAAAGGAAUUGCCGAAGAAUACACCUCCGGGGUAUUUCAUGAUGACUUUCUGCUCCACGAAGCGUUUCAUACACAUUGCGUACUUACUCAGCUGCUUUGGUUCGCGAAAGUGACGUUGACUCGUCCGCUCGCUCUUCAAGACCAACCCCAUUGGUCCUGGACAUCUACCAUUGGAGCUAUAUCUUUCCUCGCACCAGCUCGUGCGGCGAAAAGUUGUAUUCGUGAACUGAAUCGCGUCAAGACAAGUGGCUCCGCGUCCGCAUGGAGGUUCUCGGUCCGGUUGAAGAAGUGGGAGGCACGAAGAGAAGGAGAUCCAUCUACUCGAUCUGGGGAUGACUACUACUUCAUGGAAUUCUAUCCCAAAGGAUCCAUCACGUACGGCGGAUUCGUGACGCAGAAUACCAAGUUGUUUUCUGGAAGAGAUAUGACGCCUGGUGGUUGGAUGGUCUUUGACUUGAACGAGUGGCCGGCUGAGCCAUUCUACCUCGCUGAGAUUUCGAACAACGAAUUCAACGAAAAGCCUGACGGCUCCAACGUGAUGUUUCUGUCAGAAAUAGAGCCAGACCUCGGAGAUGGAUCAGAUAGACGGUUCAAGAGGCUUGGGGUCGGACAGAAACUUUUUGCUUGGACGCUAGACUUGAUAAACGGUGACAUCAAUCUCAAUUUUCUCCACUCCGACACCGGCUAUGUCGGCACUUUGUCUUCUUACCAGUUGGUUGCCCCAGAUUAUCCCAUUGACCUGCCUGAUUUCUUGCCGCUGAUCUCCGCCUACGCACCGCCAAAGUCGCACCGGAGUCCGCUCCGUCGCGUCGCUCCUGGUCAUACUCAGGUGCAAGCUCCACCACGGGCGAUUAUGCGUCGCAGCAGCACCUUGCAGUACUUCAACAACAAGACCAGUGCUUUCUACGUUGACGGAACCGGAAUCCCGGACGUUGACUUCGAUGUCGGCGAGAGUUACGCCGGUCUCAUUCCGGUCGAUGCUUCGAAGCCCGAGAGUGAGCAGCAGAAGAACUUCUUUUGGUUCUUCCCCACCGAGAACCCUGCUGGCAAGGACGAUGUCAUUAUCUGGUUCAAUGGUGGCCCGGGAUGCUCCUCCAUGGAAGGCUUUCUUCAAGAGAACGGCCCGUUCUUGUGGCAGUAUGGCACCAUCAAGCCUGUCGCCAAUGCUUGGUCCUGGCAUAAGCUAGCCAACGUGAUUUGGGUCGAGUACCCCAUCGGCACAGGAUUCAGCAGCGGCAAUGUCACUGCCACAGACAACGCCGAGACCGCAGACCAGUUUGUCAGCUUCUGGAAGAACUUUGUCAACACUUUCGACCUGCAAGGCAAGAAGAUCUACAUUGCCGGCGAAAGUUACGCCGGUAUCUACGUGCCUUAUGUCGGCGCCGCCAUGCUCGACAAGAACGACACCAGCUACUUCGACGUCAAGGGCGCGGUCUACUACGACCCAGUCAUGCCUUACGAUGACGCGAUGAACUUCGACCACGCCGCUUUCCCGUCAUUUUAUCGCUACUGGAAGAACGUCUUCGCGCUUCCCAGCGGUGCCGACAAGCAGAUCGAGCAAGACGCCAAGAACUGUCAGUUGGAUGAGUACUUCAACAAGCACUUGGCGUACCCGCCUCCUGCGCGUCCUUGGCCAGCAGCGAAUGUCAAGGAGGAGUGCGAUAUUAUUGCCCAUUUUGACGCGAUCUCGACAAUCAUCAACCCUUGCUUCAACGGAUACCACAUCCUUGAUACCUGCCCUGUUCUCUGGGAUGUUCUGGGUUUCCCAUCCAUCAUGUACAGCCCUCCCAAUACCACCUUGUACUUCAACAGACCCGAAGUUAGGAAGGCGAUCCACGUUCCUGUGGACUACCCUACAUGGAGCGAGUGCCAGGACCCCGUCUUCGUCGACUACAAUGACAACUACAACGGCACUGAGCACGAGGAGAAGUUCCAAACCCUCGUGGAGCGCACGAACAACGUUCACGUCGGCUCUGGUCUGGCGGACUACGUUAUCAAGCCCAAUGUCACCACCCUCGCUAUUCAGUACAUCAAGUGGAACGGCCAGCAGGGAUUCCAGAAGCAGCCCUCAGAGGACCUCCUCAUCCCUACAGUCAACAACGUCGACGAAAACGUUCCGAGCUGGGCCGGUGCUAAUGUCCAAGGAUCCGUUCACACUGAGCGCGGCUUCACUCAUUCCACUGCCAAGAUUAGUGGCCACAUGGUUCCUCAAUAUGCCCCUAGCGUGGCGUUCAGACACAGCGAGUUCAUGCUUCGUCGCGUGGACUCGUUGUCUGCUGGUGCGCCUUGGUCUGUGAACAUUUCUACCACUUUCCAGUGGCCUUACUAG